UUUCUCUCUUCAUUCACAUAACCUGAGAAAGCUCUGCCUUCUUUCUAGACUUGCGCAUCAUCUUCUUCAUAAGGCCUGAUGCGUGUGCGGCAGUCUUGCCGCCGGCGGAAGGCAUCGGACCGGUUAAAUCACAGAGCAAACUCUCGUAUGCGGCGGCGGUAAGGGACCCCAUCCCCGACCAACGGGGGCACCACACCUAACAAUGCUCCUUUUCAGGCGCAUCUCACCUGGGUACGUCUGGAAAUUUCUGCGGCUUCCCAUCGUUCUCUUUCUCUGGCGAUGAUAUACAGGUUCUAUCCAAUCCUUUCAGAUACUGAGGGGUGAAAAUCGGAGUACCCUCACUAUUUCUAAUUUCAUCUAGAAGCGGCAAAGGCCAAAGUGAAAAAAAUAACUCCGUAGGCUGAAAAUAAGAAACCCUUGAGCAGUGAAGUGAAAAACCGUGAGAUCUGCGUUAGAGAUAUCCAAGUCAGGCGUCUAAGAAAACGAUUCUUGCUUCUGGUCCAAUCCAUUCGAGAGAUCUGCGCCGGUUUUGUUUGGAUCGCCGUUGUAUCCCACCGACCGCACCUCUGCUACGAAGCUCUCGUACGGUUCGCACAAUUUAACUCUCUCCACACUACGGUGAACCCUAACCGCCAGGUUUCGCUCAGUUCUAAUUGUUUAAUCGCCCCGUUUGGUAGCUUGACGUUUUUUUAUAAUCUAUUCCUACAUCUAUGUUCUGUGAAUAAAUCUAUAUAGAAGGUUUUGUAUGCAUCUUCAUUAUCGAGAUUAAUUUUUACAUAUCUCCGAUCCUUGGUUGAGAUGCUUAUGCGGUGUGAAUUAGGGUAGUUUUUACAUAUAGUUGGACAAUCUGCUCUGUUGAUGGACUGAAGACUAUUGACAAGUUUCAUGUAUGUAAAUGAUUGGUUUACCAUACUUUUUCUGCCGGUAUGUGUAAAUGGUUUUUUAUUUAUUUUUACUGGUUUACCAUAGUUUUGAAGCUACUAAGUUAACUAAAUCUAGGAUUUUGUAGAUUUAGCUUUCAUUACUUGACUUGAUUUUUUGUAGAUCUGAUUCUUUUAGGGCGGUUAUGGCCAGAAGGGGUAAAAAACAAAUGAGGAGCUACCUAAAUUGUGAUCUGUAUAGUGUUCUUUCUCAUACUCGUCAUUGUUUGGAAGCUGCAACAUUUGAAACUACUCUAUGCAUACAGUUGCACUUUGAAUGAUCUGUAGAUAAAGAAACGGUGAACGUUGGCCUAGACUAAACUUGUUUACUUUUAGAUAGCUUCUCUUCCUCCACCUGUUCAAGUAAUGCUUGUAGCUCUGCUUCUGUUAAGCUUUCUAGUCGUUUCUCCAUGACUUUGCUCUCAUGCUGUCUUAAUUGUUGAGCGUAGGUCAUUUCCUUGUUUGAAACCCUGAAGAUGUAUGUCGAGAUCCAUCCAACUGUUAGACCCAAGACCAUGACCAGUUGAACUACAUUUCCAGCUUGUAGUGAAUCAACACCAAAUAACUCCAAUCCACUUUUUAGGCCAUAGCCAACAACUGUGAGUCCAAGUCCAAUUAAUAGACCAUCCUUUCUCGUGUAUCCAAAAGGAAUCUUAUCUUGUUUAGGGGAUUUAUCAUUACUGCUAUUCGAAUCUAAACUGCACUCUGGUACUAGUAUAUUUGAUUCCUUUGAAGUGGAGUAUGAUCUACUCAUUAGAAGUGUGGAAGUUCCAGUUCUAGGAAGUCUGCGGGAGGUACCAUUUUCUGGUUUCCUUCUUAGCUCCUUCAACGGAAGAACAGGUACACCCCAACACAGAAACCACCCUGAUUUUGCAUAUAAAGUCACCCUUCUUCACCCGUGCAAAAGGAGCAAUGUUUUAUACUUCAUAUGUGAUAUUAUCCAUUUCUUCUUUCAUCAUAUGUUUUGUCUUAGGCCGGGCAGUUGAAUAACUAAUAACCAUUCUAUGUCAUAGUGUGUUAUGGUAUACAUUUUGAUAUUAUAAAUUCUAUGUUAAUACUUAUUUUUGGUUGCUUUUGUAUUUAAAUUAUAAUCACGUACAAAGUUUGGAAAUUUCCUUUUCAAGUCUAAAAAUUGGCCUAUCACUUAUGCAUGUGCACUUAGAGAACUGGCGAUGAUUCUUUUAUUAAUUGAUGUAGGACAAGCUGCAACAGAUUUUGAAGUAAAGCUUGACAAAAAAAGAGCUGGACAAAAAUGGAUGAUAUGCACUAGUUUAUAGUGCAUAAAUGUAUGUUUUUAUGUUGAUUGAGUGUGGAUUUUCCAUCGCUUUUAGUUAGUUUGUAAGUACUUGUUUUAUUUUGUUUGUAAUUGUUUUCUCCUUCUUUUCGUAGUUAUAGAAUAGUGAUAGAAUUUGUAGCAAGGAAAAUGGGAGAAAAGGUAAAGACAAAAAUACCCAGGAGCACAAAAACCCGACCGGGUCAGACCUUGAACCCGGUCGGGUCAGUUGAAGACCCGGUCGGGUCCCUUACUCGACCCGGUCGGGUCAGAUAUGACCCGGAACACCAGAACAUGCUGAAGAUCACAAAGAUUUGGAAAAAUCUGAUUUAGACCAAACCCGGUCGGGUCCCUUACUUGACCCGGUCGGGUCUGACUUGACCCGGGACAAUUUAACGUGCUGGAACACAAAAACGUGGAAGAUUAUCUGAUUUUGACCGGUACCCGGUCGGGUGAGUACUUGACCCGGUCGGGUACCCGGCCAAAGGUGUUGAAAAACACCUAUAAAUAGCACACUUUUUUCUCUAAAAAAAUCAUCCGUUCUUCUAUACUCCUAAGCUGAGUUUAGAAUAACAUUUCUUAUAUUUUUAUAUCAUGUUUAGUCUCCAAAUGAGGAGCUAAACUUCCAUUCUUGGUGUUGCUCUUGAAGCUUGUUGAUUAUUAAAGUUGUGAAUUAUUUCCUUAACUUCUUUCCUUGAAUAUUAAUUAAUAGUUCUUUCCUUAAUACCAUCUCUAUAUUAAUGUCGGGGAGUGUUGCUAAGAUGACAAUUAGUUAACAUCUCGACAUUAGUUAGAAUGUUAUUUUCUUCCUCUAUAUUAAUGUUGGGGAGUGUUGCUAAGAUGACAAUUAGUUAACAUCUUGAUAUUAAUUAUAGUAGGAUUCAUUUUCUUUCAUAAUAUUCUUCCUUGAAUAUUAAUUAAUUCCUACUCAUAUUUCAUAUUAAUAUUUUGAACAUCACUUAAAGGAUCACCUAGUUUUGUUUCAUAUAUUAAUUAUUACUAGAAACGAUCAACGAACCGAUGGUUAAUCGUUGAUGGUUUCACAAGUAAGUAACUUCGGUUUAUUAAUGCACGGUCGUGGUUAAUAAACUUAAGAGGGAUUAAUUUUGUUGGUUAAAUCGAAACCGUUGUGUUGAGGUUAUCAAUCUAAAUUGAUUUCAUCAAGGAGUUAGAAAGAUUAAAUGCUACUAUUAAAUCGGUAUAAGGUGUUGUUCUAUAUUUGAUUAAUAGUAAGGAUUAUUAAUGAACGGUCGUUGUUAAUAACUACCCUCGAUGAAGUGGAUAUACUCCCCGAUUGAGUAUUCGAGAGGGAAUAAGUUAUAGAUAUAACAAUGAUCGACUAAAAUAUAUCAACAAGCAGAAAGUAGCAAUGCCAAGUCCUUUUUAUCUUUGAAUUAAACACAUAUAGGUUGUUCAUCUUAGUUCUUAAUUAAAUUAAAUCACUCAAUCCAAAUCCCCCCUUUUAUUUACUAAGUAUCAUAAAAAGAGAAUUAUUCCUUUCCCUGUGGAUACGAACUCUACUACGCUAUACUACGUAUAAGUGGUUAGUAUUGAAUUUAUUUUGACGCACUGUGACAAAGUGCUCGUCAAAUUUGGCACCGUUGCCGGGGAAAGGCAAUUAUUUUUCUUUCUAUUUUAUUUAAAGAAAAAAAAAAAAACAUUUAAAAGAUUUCUAUUUUGGCUGAGCUUUGUUUGAGUAUAUGGUUAAACACCGAUCUAUAAACCAAAUCACCUACCAAACAAAGCCCGAAACAGAACAAGGCUUCGAGAGGUUCAAGAAUCUAUUUCCGAAUACUUCUUCGGAGGAAUCAUCAAGUGCUAGUUCUCAUUCUAGUGAAUCCGAAGAGUCCUUCCACAUGGCUCACGGCUCCGAAUCUAAAUCAACAACCCUUAUGUAUCACUUUUCCAACUCUUGAUACGGGGGUCACAUUCGAGCUAAAAUCUGGGCUCAUUCACCUACUUCCCUCUUUCCAUGGCCUACGAGGGGAAGAUCCAAAUAAACACUUGUCAGAGUUCCAUAUUGUGUGCACAAGCAUGUGCCCCAAUGGCGUGUCCGAGGAGCAAAUCAAGCUGAGAGCCUUCCCAUUCUCCCUCAAAGACACCGCCAAAUAUUGUCUAUUCUAUCUUCCCUCGGGGAGCAUCGAUAAAUGGGCUCAAAUGAAAAAGAGCUUCCUUGACAGGUACUAUCCCGCAUCUAUCUCUUCAAGUCUCAAGAAGCAAAUCAGCAACAUUGAACAAGCGGAUAAUGAGACCUUGUAUGAAUAUUCGGAGCGCUUUAAAAAAUUAUGUGCUAGUUGCCAUAUCAUGGGUAUUCGGAACAAGAUCUCAUCCUUUACUUCUACGAUGGACUUGUUGAUCAAGAUAGAUGCAUGGUGAAUGCGGCAUGCGGAGGGGGUAUUGUUAACAAAACCCCUUUUCAAGCAAGAGAUCUCAUUUCGGAGUUGGCCGAAAACUCGAGACAUUACAACGGAAGGUCAUCAUCGAAACGAGUUAUGGCAGCGGAAUCCAACAACUUGUUGGAGAGUCAAGUAGCCGGCUUGACUUCUUUGAUUAAAGAUUUCCUUUUAAAUCCAAAAACCCAAGAAGUCAAGGUCUGCGACAUCUGUUCAACACAAGGGCAUCCCACAGACUCUUGCUCAACGCUACAAGAAGAGAACUCCGAGCAAGUCAAUGCUUUGGGAUUCCAAGGUCAAAGGAGGUACGAUCCUCAAGGAAAUACUUACAACCCGGGAAUGGAGGGAUCAUCCGAAUUUAAGGUACGGAAAUUCUCAAACAAAUCCUCCUCAACAACAAUAGAAACCACAAGGCCCAACAUCGAACUCGAGUAUGUCCACCGAAGACAUGAUUCGAGCGCUGGCCGUUAAUAUGGGAACAAUGCAGCAAAGCAUGGGGCAAUUCCAACAAACCAUGAUGCAAUUCCAACAUGAAACCAAGUCGAGCAUUCAAAAUUUGGAAACUCAAGUUAGCCAAAUUUCAAGUGCCGUAAGUCGACUUGAAGCAAAAGAUUCGGGUAGGCUCCCCUCCCAAACUGAGCAAAACCCAAGACAACAUGUCACUGCAAUCAUGUUGAGGAACGGUAAAGAAUUGCAACCACGAGAAGUUGAGGAGGAGAAGCAAGAGGGUGAUCUUGAAGAAGGCUUUCAACAAGAAGAGGAGAAACCAAUGAAGACUAAAUUCCCUCCACUGUCAUCAUAUGAACCACUCCCUCCAUUCCCUGAGGCAUUGAAAGACACGAGGAAGCUGAAGAAUGAUCGGGACAUCUACGAAACAUUCGUCAAUCCUGAGGUAAACAUCCCACUCUUCAAACUGAUCAAAAGUGUUCCCCGUUAUGCAAAGUUCUUAAAGGAACUAUGCACAAUGAAAAAGAAAAAUAAACUGGAAGGGAAACAAAAAGUUGAAGUGAGUGAACGUGUCUCGGCCAUUUUAAAAAAGAAACACCCUGAGAAAUGUAGCGAUCCAGGCAUGUUCACUAUUCCUUGCAAAAUAGGGGAUACCGUAUUUUCUAAGGCCUUGUUGGAUUUGGGAGCAUCAAUAAAUGUCAUUCCUUAUUCCUUAUAUAAAUCCUUACAACUCGGCCACUACAUCAAACUGUUGUAGUGAUUCAACUAGCGGAUCGGUCUAAUACUUACCCGAAGGGUGUAGUAGAAGAUGUGCUAGUAGAAGUAGAAAAUUUGAUUUUCCCUGUGGAUUUUUAUGUUCUGGAAAUGGGCGAUGAUAACCAAACUACACCCAUCCUCUUGGGUAGGCCUUUUCUAAAAACCGCAAAAACAAAAAUAG